AGUGAUAUAUAUCAUCCUCGUGUGUCAUAAUCAUCCUCUUCACGAAACCAUAACAUAUUACACAAUACAAGUGCUUCCUUAUCAUCCAUCUUUUUCAACUGUAAACAUUAAUACUUCAAUUUAUACCCUGUCUGGUUCUCAACCUCAACACACAGGGAAGCCAAAUUGAUAAGCUCUUAAUUUGCUUCGCACAUCCCUAAACUCCCCAUUUCUUCUAACUUGUCUCUGUACUGUGUGCGUCUCUUCCAACUUCUGCAUAAAAAGAGAGCUUCUACAGGCCAUUCUCCCCCCACAAGUCGCGGCAUAUUCAAUAUUAAGGAUUCCUCACGGUCUCUCCUCAAUAAUGAAUAUGAGGUUUUCGGUUUCGGUCCAAAAGCAAAUACAGCCCCUUGUGAAUUUGCAACGGGCCAUAAAUAUAGAGCCUUUUUUCCGCCGAAAAGAUAAGGUGGUGUUCGUUGUCGGCCCAACCGGCACCGGAAAAUCAAGACUGGCUAUCGACCUUGCUACUCGUAUUCCAGCUGAAGUAAUAAAUUGCGACAAAAUGCAAGUUUAUAAAGGCUUAGAUAUAGUCACUAAUAAAGUGACUGAAGAGGAGUGUCGCGGCGUGCCGCAUCAUUUGAUAGGUAUUGUAGAUCCUAAUUCCAAUUUCACUUCAGAUGACUUCCGGCAUCAAGCCUCGGACUCUGUUAAAUCCAUCGUGGCACGCGAUCGGUUACCGAUAAUUGCCGGAGGAUCAAAUUCGUUCAUUGAGGCUUUAGUAAACGAUGAUCAUGAAUUCCGACUAAGAUACGAAUGUUGCUUCCUGUGGGUGGAUGUGUCAUUGCCUGUGCUACAUUCAUUUGUAUCGGAACGCGUCGAUCGAAUGGUGAAAGCAGGGCUUGUCAAUGAGGUCAAAAAAGUGUUUGAUCCUAACAAUACUAAUUACUCUCAGGGAAUUAGACGUGCAAUUGGAGUUCCUGAAUUGGAUCAGUAUUUUCGCAAGGAAGGAAUUGUAGAUACUAAAACUCGAGCCAAGCUUCUUGAUUUAGCAAUUGAAAAGAUUAAAGAGAAUAACUGUAUCUUAUCCUGUCGUCAACUGCAAAAAAUCCACCGACUCUAUAACCGAUGGAGUUGGAACAUGCAUCGCAUCGACGCUACAGAAGUUUUUCUGAAAAAUGGAAAAGAAGCUGAAGAAGUAUGGGAAAAACAAGUGGCAGGGCCUAGCACCAUGAUUCUGGAGCAAUUUCUUUAUGAUGAAGAUCAUAUGGCUACCAUUGUCCCAUCAGAGCGUGUCGCUGUAAGGACUGGUAGUGGGAUGCCUAUUCCAAUUCCGGCAAUGGCGGCGACGGCGGCAGCAGCAACUCGAUAAAAGAAGAUGGUUGGAUGGGUUGUGGUUCUAUUUGGUUUCUUUUUGAUGGUUGAAACAAUUUUGGUGGUGUAAGAAAUAAAAAGGGCAAACGUGGAAAAGGAUUGAUAGGAGUUGGUUUCCGUACGGGAGACAGUUAAUUUUGCUGAUAAAGUUACUGUACUUUUAUAAAAGAUUAAAAAAAAAAAAAAGUUAGCUUUGUCCUGUGUAAUUUACCGUUAAAGAAAAAGAAAAGGAGGGUUGUGAGGUCUGUUACUAGCAAGCCAAGCAACAGUAUUAAUACCCAAAGGAAGUGAUCGUACAGCUGAGGAAAGCAAUCUAGAAAUCCGUGCUGACUGUCCGUACAAGUGUGUGGUGAUAAGCUUUUGAUGUGGGGCCCAUUUUCGUGAUUUGCAGCUGUAAUUUAUUUUUAAUUUUUUUUUUCUGAGAAUAACCAUCUGGAUAGUCAUUUCAUGGUAUAUAUAUAUAUAUAUAUAUAUACACUACUAGUGUGUGUUAAUUUUGUUUUCCUCACUCUGAAAUUCUUAUGCAUUUUGUAUC